CAUAGCGGGUACGAUCCAUGACAGAGGCUCAUCAUCGUCAUCAGGACCACGGUCGGCACUCGCGGAGUGUUAAGGUACCUGACGUUCACAAGUUACCCCUCCCAUCGUGAGACCGCGGAAGAAAGAUGCAUACGUUGGCGACGGGCGAAGGGUUUUUGAGCCCCGAGAUGUACGGCGCGCGGGUCGUCGUGUCGCCCAGCAGCCAGUCGGCGGGCGGCGGCCGCAAGCUCGUCUACUUCAUCGAGGAAGCCCCGAGGCCACCGCCGGGAGCCCUUGUUCCGCGCGUGGCGCUCUUCCUCAUACUCGUCCUCUGGUUCGGCACCAUCUUCGCGUCGGUGGCCACGUUCUGGCUCUACCUGUACCCCAAGGACAAGACAAGCCACGUCGCGCGCGCCGUGACGUCCACGGCCAAGGCUCUGUCCUCGCUCGCGAGCACUGCCGCCAGCGGGCGCCUCUGAUCUCCUGUACAAGCGCUGCCUCGCCGCCUCCUUUGCGGUGUGAA